CCGCGCGCAACAGCUCCAUCAACCUCGAUCUUUACAACAGAGCCCCCUCCCCAGUCCACCCGCCGCGCAAUGACAACUUUUUCACCCCCAUUAUCAACACGAUAUCUCCUCGCGCCCGGUUCCGGGUACCGUUUCUCGGCCAAAUACAAGAAAUCCCCCCGUGGUCCGCCCACGAGGAGGAGACUGACCUGGAGGAGGGAGGGCCUUCUUGGGCCUUCCACGCAAGGCCAAAACGCUCCAAAAACAUCAUUCAUUUCCUGUUCGGGUCAAGAAUCGACCGCAAGAUUCGGAAUCCAGGCAACUGCAGCUCAAUUGGAUACAAAAUCCAAAACAGAUCCCUGACGACUUCGUUCUUGUGGCGUUUGAUUCCAUUUAUCAUCAUGUGUCUCAUCAUUUCCCUCUUCCAUACGCGCCUUGGGCUCAAGUGCGGUGGCGAACUCCCCGGCCUUGACGGCGUCCCAAAUAAAGCAAAGCCGCCGAAUAGAAGGGCAUUGAAUUCACGAUAUGUUGUCUUUGCGGAGGGUUUAGUGGCCGCGCUGGGUUGCUUCGUACUCGCUCAAGGACACUUUAGUUUGCGAGCCACCAGAGAAAGAAUGGAGCGAGUUAAACAGACUGCCAUCACGAUGACCUACUCUCUUCUCAAAACCACAACGACUAACAAUGCAACUGGGUAUGACAACAGCGAAUUACAAUUGGUCGUUUACGAGUGUCUAGCCCUGACUGUUGCAUAUCCAGUGGCGCUCCUCCAGCAGAUGCGCGACAAUACAUGCGAACCCGCCAUUACAAAGUACUGCCACGAGGCGGCCGCAGCCUUACGGCAUUUAAGAUUAGGUGGGAAUGCCGACGACAGACCAUAUAGCCGACCGAAACCAUGGUCCGAUGAUCCGCCCAAACUCGUUCCAGUUGAGCAUUUCUUUGAGAUCUUCUCCCUUCAGCUGGAAAAAGAGUUUCGAAAACAGCCCAUGAGAACAAAAGUCCCCUCUAUGGGACCGCAGCACAUCAUCUACUGCAUCCGAAACCACUUUGAGAAUCUCAUAGACGGGGCAAAUUUGGAUGAGAGGAGAGCACCUAUCAUCCGUGAAAACAUCGAUAUGAUGGCUUUGGCCGGGCGAGAAUGCUCCGUGUUUGCCUAUCGUGACGUCGCCCCCAUUGCCUUCUUAUGGGCCGUCGACAGUUCAAUGAGACUCAUUGCACUUGUUCUGCCAGCACAACACUGCGACUACAUCACCAACAGCCCGCGCAACACGGCCGGGGAGAUGAUGUUUCCUACCGCAAUGACCCUAUUGGCCAUGGUGGGCAUCUCGGCCAUCAGCUCCAUUAUCCUCGUACUCUUACAGGAGCUGUGGAAUAUGUGGGAUCCGUUCGGCAAGGGCAUCAACACGUUUUCAUGGACGCUUGGUAUCGCCAGGGAGAUUGAUGACAUGCUGAAUGAGUAUGCUGAGGACGAUGAAAAGUAUCUGAUCCGAGUGCACUCGUACAUACGACCUGUCUUCGUACCUGACGCGAGUCCGCCUCCGGUGGAAUAUCGGAGUCGUCCCAUAAGGGUGCAGAGUGUCUGACGGAUGUGCAACAUCUUUGGUGGUGAUUGGGAGGUUUAAGAUAUAACACAGUAUCCGUGCUAACAAGUGAUGGAGUUAUAUGUGUAAGUGACGUCUUUGAGGACAGUCCUGACCCAACAUUCCACGGUUCUCUAUGUUUAAGAACUGAUACGAGGACAAGUCUCUUUAAAAUUCCAUAGCUUUAUUCAUUUAGCACAUCAGGAAAUCUCGAUUGGAA